CUGAUGCAGUAACUGACGCAAUGAAGCAUUCACAUCAUCACCAUUCAAGAAUAUGUCCCACAACAUCCUCAUCACCGGUGCCUCCGGCUAUCUUGGCGGCACCAUCCUCGCCCGCUGGACAAGGGCCAACCUGCCACCCUACAACAAGCUGUACGCCCUUGUUAAGACGCAAGCGCAAGGCGAGAAAGUCAAACAGUAUGGAGCGGAACCACUGAUUGCGGACAUCAACGACCAUGACACCAUCACCGGAUUGAUCGUCGACAACGCCAUCACCAUCAUCUACUUCCUCAUCGACGCCUUCACGGGCAAGCACCAGCCCACACUGAUCAAGGCCUUGGGGGUAGUCCGCCAACAGACAAGUCGAGACGUGCAUUUUUUGCACACGACAGGCGCAAAGCUUUUCAGUCGACACGCAGGGAUCCCGACCGAUCGGCCCUUGCUGGAUACCGAUCCUGACCUGUAUGAGAUUGUGAGAAAGGCGACACCACCGCAUGAAUUCAUCAUUGAGCCGGCCAACGCCAAUCUGAAUGUGAUCGACCUUUCCGAGGCCCAUGGAGUGCGAAGCUACAUCUUUGCGCCCUGUCUGGUGUACGGAAAGGGCGAAGGGUUUGACAACCAGAUCUCCAUCCAGGACGUCGACAUUGUGCGGGCUGCGAGGAGAUUGAGGCGUGUUUACCGCGUGGACACGGACUAUCCGAGCUGGCCAGUCAGCCACGUCGCUGAUACAGCAGACCUAUACCUCCAGAUCCUGCGCAAAAUUUUAUCAGGCGAUGAGAUCGGCUGCGGAAAGAAGGGCUUUUUCCUCGCCGCCUCCGGCAAUCUGCCCUGGAACGAUGUCUACGACGCCAUUGCCAGAGCAUUAGCCAAGCGCAGUGUCAUCGACGAUGAGCUCGUUCUGGAUGCUAGUGAGCCAGUACUGGCUCGCAUGGGGGAGGCACUGGGGGUGGCCCCGUCUGCUGUGCCGGUUGUCUUGGGCGGAAAUUGCUCGUUCACGGCUGUGCAUGGCGGCCAGAUUGGCUGGAUGCCCAAAUACCCCCCCGAGCAUUUCUUGGAGAUUGCGGAUGAGGAGGUGGAGCUGAUCUUACGCCACCUGGGUGAUUAG